UCGAGGUGGCGCUCAACCCCGCGUCCCUGAAGGCUGGUCUGGUCACCCAGUCUGUGUGUUCCCUAGCCGGACUCUGCAGGCCAGGCUGGCGGUGUAUGGAAUCCAGAACUCGUGCGGAGGCAGGAUGCUUGCCGCUGACGAGAUCGGCGAAGUGCCGGCAGACCCGUGCUGCCCGGAGAGUGGUGACGAAACGAAGAACACAGAGGAGAAAAGUGACGUGAACCCUGCAGCUCUUGUUGGAAGCGAGCAGUUCAGCCAAGGUGGCAGUGAUGACGACGAGCUCCUUUCCUACGUGUCUGCAUUCAUAGAGAAGGAAGUGGGAAGUGACCUUAAGUCUCUGAAGACCCUUGGUAAACUCAUAGAACAAAUGACAGAAAGCAAAGGGAAGUUAGAAGAACAGGUACUUACAAUCUCAUCAGAAAUCCCUAAAAGAAUUCAAAGUGCUUUAAAAGAUGCAGAGGAAUCCAAACAAGUUCUUAAUGAGUUUCUGGAGCAGGAGACACCUCUCUUCAGCUCCAUUACCAGCCAUCUGCUGACGGCUCAGCCCUGGAUGGAUGACCUUGGAGCCAUGAUCAACCAGAUAGAAGAGAUUGAGCGACAUCUCACAUACCUUAAGUGGGUGUCCCAGAUCGAGGAGCUGAGUGAUAACAUUCAGCAGUACCUGAUGACCAAUAGUGUACCAGAGGCAGCCUCUCUCCUGGUGACCAUGACAGAACUGGACAUCCAGCUUCAGGAGUCAUCCUGUACUCAUCUUCUUAGUUUCAUGAGAGCCACAGUUAAAUUCUGGCAUAAAAUUCUCAAGGACAAGCUUACCAGUGAUUUUGAAGAGAUUUUAGCACAGCUUCAUUGGCCAUUCAUCUCACACACCCAGUCUCAAACUGUUGGCGUGAGCCGGCCUGCCAGUACCCCUGAGGUGUAUGCUAACCUGGAGACCCUGUUUUGUCAGCUGUUGAAACUACAGGCCUCAGAUGAGUUAUUAACUGAGCCAAAACAACUCCCAGAAAAAUACUGUCUUCCUGCCUCCCCUCCUGUGAUCCUGCCCAUGCAGGUCAUGCUGGUUCCCCUUCAGAAGAGAUUCAGGUAUCACUUCAGAGGCAGCCGGCAGACCAACGUCAUCAGCAAGCCUGAAUGGUACUUGGCUCAGGUACUUAUGUGGAUUGGAAACCAUACUCAGUUUCUGGACGAGAAGAUUCAGCCAAUAUUGGACAAAGUGGGCUCUGCAGUAAAUGCAAGGCUUGAGUUUUCCCGUGGCCUCGUGAUGCUCAUUCUUGAGAAGCUGGCGUCUGAUAUCCCUUGCCUGCUCUAUGAUGACAGCCUCUUCUGUCAUCUGGUGGAUGAGGUGCUGUUGUUUGAAAGGGAGCUGCACAGUGUUCAUGGCUAUCCCAGCACGUUUGCCAGCUGCAUGCACAUUCUGUCGGAGGAGACCUGUUUCCAGAGAUGGCUGACUGUGGAGAGAAAGUUUGCUCUCCAAAAAAUGGACUCAAUGCUUUCGUCAGAGGCCGCCUGGGUAUCUCAGUAUAAAGACAUCACUGAUGUGGAUGAAAUGAAGGUUCCAGACUGUGCGGAAGUCUUUAUGACCCUGCUUUUGGUUAUAACUGACAGGUAUAAAAAUCUCCCCACAGCCUCCCGGAAGCUGCAGUUCCUGGAGCUACAGAAGGACCUAGUAGAUGAUUUCAGGAUCCGGUUAACGCAGGUGAUGAAGGAGGAGACGAGAGCGGCCCUGGGCUUUCGGUACUGUGCGAUUCUCAAUGCCGGGAACUAUAUCUCAGCAGUGCUGGCUGACUGGGCUGACAAUGUUUUCUUCCUGCAGCUGCAGCAGGCAGCACUGGAAGUCUUUGCAGAGAACAACGCCCUCAGUAAACUGCAGCUGGGACAGCUGGCCUCCAUGGAGAGCUCGGUCUUCGACGACAUGAUCAACCUCUUAGAGCGUUUAAAGCUUGAUAUGUUGACUCGCCAAGUAGACCAUGUUUUCAGAGAAGUGAAAGACGCUGCGAAGUUGUAUAAGAAAGAAAGAUGGCUGUCCCUGCCGUCUCAGUCUGAGCAGGCAGUGAUGUCCCUGUCCAGCUCAGCCUGCCCUCUCUUGCUGACCUUACGGGACCGUCUGCUUCAGCUGGAGCAACAGCUGUGCUUCUCCUUAUUCAAAAUCUUCUGGCAAAUGCUUGUAGAGAAGCUGGACGUGUACAUCUACCAGGAAAUAAUCCUUGCUAACCACUUCAACGAAGGAGGAGCAGCCCAGCUGCAGUUUGAUAUGACAAGGAACCUCUUCCCUUUGUUUUCUCACUACUGCAAAAGACCAGAAAACUAUUUUAAACAUGUAAAAGAAGCCUGCAUCAUUCUGAAUUUGAACCUUGGUUCUGCAUUACUCCUGAAAGAUGUCCUGCAGUCAGCGUCUGAGCACAUUCCUGCCACAGCAGCCUUAAAUGAAGUUGGAGUUUACAAACUGGCUCAGCAAGACGUUGAGAUUCUGCUUAAUUUGAGGACAAACUGGCCUAACACUGGAAAAUAGUGCGUCUUUGAGGAAAGUGUUGUUUAACAAAGACGAGAGUUGGGUUGAAGUUGUCUGAUAAAGUUCUGAAUUAAUGAACCUGGACAAAAGAAAACUUGGCAGAGUAGUUUCUUGUCUUGAGUUACGAUAUCACUAAAACGGUCGCCAUCCUCCAUCCUCCCAGUCCUAAGAAAACAAAGAAUGAAAACUCAGCUGUGAGAAGCAGAGUAAGUGCAUUGCAAACAGGAAUGGAGACAUCUGAAGACGGAAUGAGAGCAGAGGGCAGCCAUACCUGACCCCCACUGUCCUAAUCAAGAGGAGCUGUUGUCAAAGCUGAGUGUAGCAAUAGAUUGUAGAGACACUCAGGGCGCAUGUUCAUAGUUGAGGUUCCUGUAUCCAUUUUGGGAAUUCAGUGUUAUAUAAGACAUAGGUGGAAGACACCUAUAAUCCCAGCACUCUGAAGGCUGAGGCAGGAGGAUCACUGAGGGCUCAAGACUCUCCUGGGCAACAUAGUGAGACCUUAUCUGUUUCACCAGAAAAAGACCAAAACAAAACAAAAACCCAAGACCAAAGCACAAUAGUUUUAUGAGAUGGUGGUUAAGCUAUGGUU